GGCCGGAUAGGUGCGGAGCUUCCUGGACGAGGCAGUAGGGGUGCGAGGUUCAGGGGCCGGGCCCGGGCAGCCGAAGUCGUGAGGGAGGCGGUGACCUGACGGUGGGCGGCUUACAUCUCGCGGCAGGGUCGAGGGCUGUGAAAGCGCUUUAGUGAUUGAAGCGGUACGUUUGUGUGAGGGAAUUCUUGUUGUCAGCGCCUGAGAACUUAGUUGGGAGCGGACGUUUACACCGGAUCUGUCGUUUGGGACCCAUUCUUGGAUGUGGGAAGAAGUGAGAGCGCAUGUUUGCUCAUCUAGAGACAGCCGUAUUAAUAACGAUAAUAAGGAUACAAAUCACCACCACACCAACUAAUAGCAGCUGUCAACCUGUGGGCGGUUACGUGCCGUUCGCUGUUCUGAACCCCUCACAUAUCGCGUCACUGAAUCUUUAUAGGGACCCAGAACCCCAUUUGACGGAUGAGGAAACGGAGAGGCAGACAGGUGACUUGACUUCCCCACAAUCGCUGCAGGACAGGAAGAAAGUUAACUCCAGAGCCCGUGCUUUUAGCUACUAAGCUGUACUGCUCUCCAUUUUGGUGAUGUUCUAAUCAUGUCAGAUAAAGAUGAUAUUGAGACUCCACUGCUAACUGAAGCAGCCCCCAUCCUUGAAGAUGGAAACUGUGAGCCAGCCAAGAAUUCUGAGUUUGUUGACCAAGGUGCCAAGCCAGAGAGUAAAUCAGAACCUGUAGUUUCCACUCGGAAAAGACCAGAGACCAAACCUUCCAGUGACCUUGAGACUUCAAAAGUUCUCCCUAUUCAGGAUAAUGUUUCCAAAGAUGUACCCCAGACCAGGUGGGGUUAUUGGGGGAGCUGGGGCAAGUCUAUACUCUCUUCAGCCUCGGCCACGGUUGCCACAGUAGGACAAGGUAUUUCAAAUGUCAUCGAGAAGGCAGAGACUUCCCUUGGAAUCCCUAGUCCCAGUGAAAUUUCAACUGAAGUCAAGUGUGUAGCAGGAGAGACAAAUGCCAAAGAGAAUGAAAACUUCUCCCCAGUGGCUGGGGCAUUUGGUGUAUUCUCAACUAUCUCUACUGCUGUUCAGAGCACAGGAAAGAGUGUUAUCAGUGGGGGUUUGGAUGCCUUAGAAUUCAUUGGAAAAAAGACAAUGGAUGUGAUAGCUGAAGGGGAUCCUGGAUUUAAAAGAACCAAGGGUCUGAUGAACCGAAAUGCUACACUAUCUCAGGUUUUACGAGAGGCGAAGGAGAAAGAAGAGAUAUGGAACUCCAAUGAGGUUACUAUGGAAACAGAAAAGAAAACUCAUUAUGGGUUACUCUUUGAUGAAUUUCAAGGCCUUUCACAUCUAGAAGCUCUGGAGAUGCUUUCCCGAGAAAGUGAAAUAAAGGUGAAAUCUAUCCUUAAUUCUCUGAGUGGAGAAGAAUUAGAAACUCUAAAAGUUGAAUUAGAGCAACUCAAAGAAGCAUUUUCUCUAGCAGAAUUUUGUGAAGAAGAGGAAGAAGAGAAAAAAGGGGAUGAAGAUUUUACCAAGGACAUAACAGAGCUGUUUUCCCAGCUGCACGUUUCCUCCAAACCAGAGAAACUUGCCAGGGCAAGAAAUACCGCCCACGAAUGGAUCAGGAAGUCUCUGACCAAGCCAUUAGCAGAGAAUGAAGAAGGAGAAAAACAGUUGGAAGCAGAAAAUACUGAGCAAGUCAACAAAAAUUCAAUAGAGGAUAUCCAUGCGUUUGCAAUCCGGAGUCUAGCUGAACUGACUGCUUGCUCAAUUGAACUAUUCCACAAAACAGCUGCAUUGGUUCUGCAUGGCAGGAAGCAGGAAGUGACAGCCGUAGAAAGGAGCCAAACUCUUUCCCAGAUGACAAUUGUGUUGUGUAAAGAGUUGUCCUCUUUGUCUAAAGAGUUCACCACCUGCCUAACAACUGCUGGGGUCAAAGAAAUGGCAGAUGUCCUUAACCCAUUAAUCACUGCAGUAUUUCUAGAGGCAUCAAACAGUGCCUCCUACAUCCAGGACGCCUUUCAGCUACUCUUACCUGUGCUAGAGAUCUCUCUCAUUGAGAACAAGAUUGAAUCACACAGGCAUGAGCUGCAGGGCCAGAAGCCUUUGCUAGAACAUUGAAGAACGGAGAUGUUUUGACCUGGGACUUGUGAUGGCCAAGGAAUGCCACCUUAUCUGGCUACUCCUGCAGAAAUGAAGGAGUGGGGUUAUUUUAGUAUAUAAAAAUUCAGGCAGGAGAGAUGGUUUAAAGAGAAAGAUUGUUGCCUUCAGUGUUUGAUUGAAGUAUUCAGGUCCUCACAGUAUUCUUUCCAGUUGUUGUAAUUCAUAAAUUAUUUGAAAAGAAACUUCUGUAGAAAGUCCAAGAAUAAUAACUCUAGAUAAAGGUUAGUGGGAUACUCAGGCAAAAAUAUUGGUCUUUCUUUGACAUGUUGCAAAAUGUUAUCAGUUUUGUUGUGGGUAUAAUUUGCAGCCCAUGGAUAUAACUGGUUGAUAAGCCAGAGAAAAAUAAUUUAGUGUUCUAAAAUUCAUGGCAUGUGUGGUUUAUUGAUGCCGUGUACUUUCUCCUUUCUGGAAUAAAAUCUAUGGCUUUAAGAAAACUGAGCAUAUGUAAACUCUGUGAUGAUUACCCUUUAUCACAUGAAUUCUUGGAAAUAGAAAGUUUCAUCUGCAUUUUUAAAUUCUUAAUAGAUAUUUGGCAUUGAGGAGAAACUUGUAGACUAUUACAGCCACAUGAAUUAACUAUAGCAAAGUGCCCUUUUUCUUCAAAUUGCUCCCCCGUCCCCAGGAUGACACAUUUCAUGUCAUAGCUGAACCCUACUCUACUGGAUUCAAGGCCAGUAAAUGCCGUUUAGAGAAGCAGUUUUAUGUUUGCAGAUAUUCUGAGUCUCUUCAAGAUGUGUUUCAUGUCUACCCUAUAUGCAGGAUAAAUUCUUUACAGCAAACUCCAAAGGAAUGUUGAAGCUGUUUUAGCAAUGAGGUUUUUUUUUGUUUGAGUGUUGAAGUGGGCCACAGUCCUUCAGAAAUUAUGUUCAUUUAUGACAGGAUUUAACUUCUAAGGCACAAUUUAUUUUUUCCUCGUUCUUUGUUUGUUUUAAUGUAUUCUUUAGCAUGUUUUUGAAUAUGACUUUUAUCCUCCAGAUCUUAAGCCUUCUUUUGCUGUCUUCAACAACUUAAGAGACUAUUAAGCUGUCAUCUUCCUAAAAGCUAUUUUGGUAUCCACUCUUUUUAAAAAAAUUCUCCAACUUUGUGGUUUUUAAUGAUUAAGGUAAUUUGUUAGCUCUGCCCCUCAUCUUCUAAAAGCUUUGUAAUAAAAUGUAUUAAUCAUGUUA